CUAGCUUUAACAUUUUGGUUCGCACAGAGAAAUCUCAAUCAUAUUAAAUUCCCAUGGAAGAGAGAGAUUCCGGCCGAAGGGAGCGAUGCUACGAAAGGGUACGUCAGCUCAAGAACAGGCAGUUCAGUGCAUCAAUUGAUCAUCGGAGACUUGGUGACAACAAUGAAGACAUUUUGGAUUACGAGCUGUACAAGGUUGUUCGUGAUGGGAAUACAGAUUUAGAUACCUUUGUCAAUGAAUUGGAGAAGGUAUGUACACAAAACCAAUUUCAUGUGUCAAUCAUCUUCAAUCAGGUUUCUCCCUCAGAUGAUUCGUUGCUCCAUGUUGCUGCUGAAUUCGGGAAAGCAGAAGUUGUAGAGCUGAUUGCUCAACAAUCUCCUGCGCUUUUGAAUAACAGAAACAGGAAAGGUGACAGUCCCCUCCAUGUUGCUGCCAGGGCUAAGAAUAUUGAAGCAAUGAAUGUCAUUCUGUCCAAAUGUAAAGAGCUCAUUCCAUCUGAGUUGAUCGAAUUGAAUGACGUUGGUCAAUUUGUAACAUCAAAGAAUAAUUAUGGCAACACAGCUUUGCACGAGGCAGUUCUGUCCGAGCAUCUUGCGGGAGUUAAUGUCCUUUUAAGUCAGGAACACACUCCUACAGAUCAGCAGGCUUCCUAUUGGACUUGGAACUCCGAGCAUGGUUGUAAAUCACCAAUGUAUUUGGCAGCCCUGACACAGAAUGCGGAAGUUCUUGAGCGUCUCUUGCAAAUUCCAUUUAGCUCAGUCAACGACAUUUCAAAUGGAGACUCUCCACUUCAUGCCGCCAUAUCAAAACGAAAACGUGAUCUAUUGAAAAGGAUAGUGGAUCGGAAAGAAGAGCUAAUAUAUCAGAGAGAUGAGAUGGGAAACAGCCCCCUUCAUCAUGCAGCACAUGCUGGUUAUGUGGAAGGUGUUGGUAUAAUGUUAGACAAGUCUAAGAUGAUUGCUUUUAAACGAAACUCAGAGGGCAAUCUUCCAGUUCACCUUGCCUGUAAAAUGGGCCAUGUUAAGGUGGUCAAAAAAUUUCUCGAACUAGAAUGGUUUGAUGUUGGACUUUGGCUCAAUAAUGAAGGUCAAAACAUUCUUCACAUGGCGGCAACGAGAGGACAGAACAAGAUGGUGAAGCAUUUAUUGGGAAAUCCAAAGAUCCGUCCUGAAACUGUGAAUGAGAAAGACCAUAAUGGAGAUACCCCACUGCAUUUGGCUUCAGAAGAACUGCGUCUUUGGUGUCUAUACCAUUUGUCACAAGACAAAAGAAUCAAUGUGAACCUUGAGAAUAACAAAGGUUUAACAGCUCGAGGUAUUGUUCAGAUGAAGUGUAAAAUUCCAAUGACAUAUGAUGAGAGUAUAGCAGAUUCGAUUUUAAGGAGGGCUGGCGUCCCCGUAAAGGCCAAUUACUUGAGUGAACGACUUGUUGCAUCAAGGAAUACAGAAAGGAAUGCUAAAAAAGCAGCCAACACACUGAUGCUUGUGGCCAUAUUGAUAGCCACAGUGACAUUUGCAGCUGGUAUCACAGUGCCAGGUGGGUUUAACUCUUCUGAGUACUCAAAGCCAAAAGAAAGAGGCAAGGCAGUUUUGAACAAUGAUUCUUUUUCAAGGUGUUCAUUGCUUGGGACACGAUUGCUAUGUAUAGCUCAUUCCUCGGAGUUGUUAUUCUUAUAUUCGUCCCACUGAAUGAUCGUCGUUCUGCAGAAGGAAUGUAUAAGGCUGCUUCGUUUUUAGUUUGUUUGGCUAUAAUAGCCAUGACCGUCGCAUUUCUAUUUGCUUUAAUGACGAUUUUGGAAGGUUAUCUUCUAUAUAUUGCAUAUGUUAUUGGAAUCAUCGCCUAUCCUUUAAUCGUGUCAACUUACGUCACAGGACUGCGUCCAAUGAAAACUAUUUUCUGGACCAGAAGACUGAUUAUUUUUUUAUUUUAUGGUUGGGAUGAUGAUUUGAUCGGCGAUCCAGUCGGUGGAAAAGUCAACCAAGGGGAUCAAGGUGAUGUAGGAAAUCAGAUUAGUGAAACUCAUGAGCCACAUAUCUUGUAAAUUCUCUAGCAGUUUUGGCAUCUAUCAAGAUCGGACAUAUGUUUGGUUCCCAGUGAAACCGGUCGA